AUGGAAAGGGCUCCAUCUAACGAAUGCAUGUUGGUGUGCGAUGCUGGCGGUGGGACUGUCGACAUUGAGCCAUACUCCUUACGCAGGUCGCCUGAUGAUAUUGUAUGCAGCUCUAGCACAAGCCGUCACAGAUUUGUCGUGGCGGUUGAUUUUGGAACAACGUAUUCAGGAGUCGCUUGGGCCCUCAAACAGCCGCCAGAGCCCGUGGACAGUUCCAUUCUGGAAGACGAAUGGAAUUGUCUGGAAGACGAGAGUCUUCAGCCAGCUCUGGAUCUGGAGCCUCGAGCUGCUGGACGGACACUCUACACGAAGCGUGGAUAUCUCCCUGAACUGGCAUGCUUGUACUGUGGGAAUGUGUUCAAGACAGCCUCAGACGCAAAGAAGCAUCAGAUGACGCAUGCAAAGCCGUUCAGAUGCUCAAAUACCGGCUGCUCGCGCAACACCGAUGGCUUUGCAACGUCGAAUGACCUUGCUCGUCACGAGAGAUCAGUACAUAUCAGAAGCAUCGAGGGAGGGGGCAUAGGGGCCUUCAAAUGCUUUGCUCCUGGAUGUGCCAAAGCUGAGAAAAUAUGGCCUCGAAAGGACAACUUCAGACAGCACCUUCAGCGAAUGCAUUCUGAUACCGACAUUAAAAAGUUGCUCGCCAUCGCUGACUCAUGGAACCCCGACAAGACCGACAAGGCUUGUGAGCAGAAAGAUUCAGUGCAAGAGAAUGAUUUAUUUCCGUAUCGUCAGGCAAACGAAGGUGUGAGGUCGCUCACCUUUGUAGCAGAUCUCAAUGUACAAGAUCUCAAAGCACUCACGACUACCACUGAUGGAAGAAAUCACGUCAAUCACCUUCCCAUACAGAGGAAGAGGAGCCCUGACGACGAUGAUCAUGAUGGCCAGUAUGGCUUUCGGUUCCAGGAAGAUGAAAGCAAGUACUCCAGUACGAAGCUUCUGCCUCAAGUGGGCCCACCCCUCGCUCAGCAGUUCCGACGAAAGGGCGCUCGUCAAUCGAGCACAAGUGACGAGGACAGCUUUACUCAUAUACAAUGUUGGAUACCUGCUGCCCACAUCGAUCUUGUCGUUUUGGCGACUUAUUUGAAGGAGUUCAUCGAUGAUACCGCUACUAUCAAGCCAUCGCCCAAUCCGGCGACAUCGUCUAAGCAGGGCUACACGAUCGGCGCAAGAAACACGUUGAGUGCAGGAUGUAGAGACAUCCUUGAGGACUCGAGAGCUUGGGAACGCGAGAAGCAAAGAAGAGAGUAUCGUCGAGAUCCUUAUGCGUACAAUGAGUCGGACACAUGGCACGCAAGACACAAGCAUGAAGCCUCCCCAGGAAAUGUUAACCCUAGACGUCAUCAACGUUCAGGAGGUAGCGUUGUGGCUUCGAAGGCACAAGAACACCAAUCUGAGCGUGUAGGGCCUUCAGAUACAUUAGAGAGCAAAUGGCCAGCGGUCGAAAGAAUGGCUCCACACAAAGGACAGAGUCGACAGGAGUUCGGCAAGCAACCGUCUCAGCAUCAUAUACAGACCGGAUUUCCGCCCAACAUUAGUCAAGCCGAGUUCAAGGACGAUAAGCGUACGAAGCUCGGCCGGCCCAGCGAUAUUGUAGCCAGAGGGAAAGGAGUGGCCUCAAUCUAUGCAAUCUGGAGCAAAGCAAUCGAACGGACCUGCAUCAACUGCAACAACUGCAACAACCUGGAGCCUCAGCUCACCGGACCGUGCAACAACGCCCUGGAGCCAUUUCCCGAAUGGGCUUCGACAUUGAGCAGUGAGUGUCCUUUGAUCAGGAGCAAGUCGCUCCUGAUCAAAGGAAUGAUCACUGACCAAAGGACGAUUGAAAAACUCUUUGGUCAGAUUUGGGUUAUUUAG